CCUGCUCAUUUCCACACUGUUGAGUGUUUACGGGAGUGAGUCAGAGUGGGUAUCAAAGAGAAGCGUGCUGACUCCACCACAAAGGAAUACACUUUGACAGGUUUUUUUAAAAGAUAAAAGGAGGUAACGAUUGACUGGAUGGAGGCAGCUGAAGAGUUUCUGAAGCCUGGCCGCUCUUGAACCUGAAAACAGUGUUUGAUUUUCAGGUUUUUCGGUUGAGUUGUUUACUCCUCUCCAUCUGAGUACUUUUUACUUCCACCACGGGGAGUCAAGAGGUGUCUCUUGAGUUGCUCGCAGAGGAAUUUAAAACAGAGACGUUCUCCCUCUGAGCUGCCACUGCUCUGACUGUAAUUUUGCAUUUUAAUUCUCUUUUUCAAUCAAUUAUUUGAUGCGCUGAGGCAGCAUGGACGCCUCAUUUUUAUCAGAUAUAGACUAUAAUGACACUUAUGUGGAGGAGCACUUUUUCCUCGAGGACAGUAUUGAUGGCUUUGGCAUCACCAUGGCUCUGCUCUACUUGGUUGUCUGCAUCCUGGGACUUGCAGGCAAUGCCAUUGUUGUUGUUGUCAUUUUAAAACUGGACAAAAUGUCAUCCUCCACGACAGUGUACAUUUUCAACCUGGCGCUCGCAGAUGGACUCUUCAUGGUCGGUCUUCCGUUUAUAGCGAGCCAGAACUUCCAGAACCACUGGAUGUUUGGCGACAUAGCGUGCAAAGUAGUCAUGGUGCUGGACGGCAUCAACCAGUUCACCAGCGUCUUCUGUUUGACAGCAAUGAGCAUUGACCGCUACAUGGCGCUGGCUGACCCGCUUCGUUUUGCACGAUGGAGAACGCCACGCUGGGCCAAGAUCGUCUCAGUGUUCCUGUGGCUGUUCUCGCUCCUCACCAUCCUCCCCAUGGCGCUUCACUUCUCAGCUGAUCGAGGCCUGUGUAUACCAGAUCUUGUAUCGGACGCCUGGUGGCUCGGCGUCUUGUCUUACACCUUUGUCAUGGGGUUUGCUUUGCCAUUCAUGGUCAUGAUGGCUGCCUAUGCAGCGCUGCUGCUCAUGCUGUGGUCCCAGCGUCUCCGAACGCAAACGCUAAAUCACGAGAGCCACCAACUGGAGCGACAAGUCACUAAAAUGGUCAUCGCAGUCGUAGUGGUGUUUGGGAUCUGCUGGCUGCCUUUUUACACCUUCAACUUCUGCUCGCUGUAUCAAAGAGGCCCGUUCCUGACCUUCGCCAGAGCUUUCGAGUUUGUGGUCCUGCUGUCGUACUCGUGGAGCUGUGCUAACCCCAUCCUCUACGCCUGCCUCUCUGAUACCUUCAGGAGGCAUUUCCGCACACUCCUCUGCCCUGCAUCCAAGUCAUCUCCCAGCAUGCAGUGCAGCACUGAACGGUAUGACUUAAAUGGAACAGGUGUGCGGGAUGUGACAAUUCUGGCGUAGAGAGACAAUAAAAACAAACUCGCCAUUUUACUCUGUAUCCUGUCAUGAUGCACUGCAUGAUACUUCUCUAACAUUAUGUACUCAUUUAAUGGUUUGUAGAUAUGUGAUAAAUUCUCAUUUUUAAUUUCUCAACUUAACUUGAAAUGUGUUAAGGUUUAUUUUCUUUAAUCUUAUUGUCCUAUGUGAUCAGAUGUGCCAAAUUUGAGGGAAUUCUGUUCAUAACUGCCUCAAAUGUAGAAAUUAAGAAAUUUUAAACACUCUUGUUUUGCAGUGGUGCCCCCAGAAUUUUUCAUAGAGGUGGCCAGAGGGGGGCACUGAAGAUCUUUGGGUGGCAAACCAAAACCAAAAGCCAUAACUGAAUUUCAGGAAUUCAGUUUUGCUGUUUAAGUAAGAUUUUUGAAGCCUCGAAUUUGGCAUUUGCAGUCGCCAUCUUAUAUUUUUUGAGCCAGAAGUGACUAUAUUUGGGUAAAAGGAUGGAGAUGUGGAGGAGUGAGGGGUGGUCCUGACUCACAGAUUGUGGUGAUGCUCUUUAGCUUGUAAACAUUUUUAUAUGCUGUAAAGUUUGGCAUUUUAACAUGGCUGUCUGCAGGGAUUUACCAGGUUUUGGAGCCAACCCCAAGUGGGUAUAAUCCAUAAUAGGAACUGCAGUUUUUAGCACUAUCGUCUUGGCUUCAAUUUUCAGCUCUGGAGGUUGUCACAUGGUCACAAGACAAUAUUGACUAUGUGCCAUAACCAAAAUGAGCGUGCCACAGCCUGUUAAAGACCAGUUAUUCCAGUUAUUUUUGCUAGAGGGGGUCAGCAAUUGCAUCAGGAGGGCCAUUGCCCCCUUUGGCCCCACCUUAGGACACCACUGUUAUCACACAGUUUGUUGUUUGAGUUCUGACCAUGAAUCUCUCUGCCCGUCUGAAAUGUGUACCUUCCUCUCCCAGUGGAAAUUAAAAAGUUUCCUUUAAAAUUUUUCCAGUUUCUUUCACAAAACAGGAAGAAAAAGGGUCAUCAAACAGCAUUAUUCAAUCUGACUCCUGGUAACACAAAUCCCCCGUCUUGACAGAGCACGAGUCCACCUCCUGCUCUCUCUGACUCAGACCUGUUGUAUAAAUUGUCUUCUCAUAACUCAGACCGCUUAGGUGACCUGUUCCACUGCAUCCCCUGUUCUCCAGCAUUUCACCAGAACUAAUGAAAUGAGGCACAAGAGGGAUGAAGCGUGGACAGGUGGAGUGUAAACAGAAUAACAUGGGACACAUGCCUGUGGCCAAACACCAGCACAAAGAUACGCACAGACAGCUUCUCGGCUCCCACAGCUGGACUAUGUCCGAGUAGCUUUAAAUGCAGUAGACCUUCAUGUGAGUGUGUUUUUGCCUGGGUGGCCAUGUGCAUGCACCUGCACACAUGCAUGCUGGGAGCCGUGUGUGCCCUGGGCUUACUGUGGUAUUCUGCUUGAACCUGGCUCACUGAGGAGGAUUUCCAAAGGAUUUUGGGGGGAAAUGAACAGGAUAAAAAGGGAACACAUGUAUUCACUUUGUUUACUGAGGUUAUUCGUGAGUUAAAAAAAACAUACCAGCACUUGUAUUUGUAUGGAAACUGGCAUUAUAUUUUUUUCUGUUUCAUUGUAUAGAGUUGAUUGUCAGAACAGAUGUUGGCUGUCAAUUAUCAUUGAUGUAAAUAUGUAUAAGUGAGAAAAUGGUGUUUGCGACAAUCUGUAUUUUGAUGUGAGGCAGUCACUCUAUAUAUAACCAUUUAUCAGAUGCUAUUGACUGUAAAUAAACACAGUUGCUUCUGCUA